AUGGAUUCAAAGAUUAGAGACUCAAAAGCAUUUAAAUGCAAUCCCUUAUACCGAUUUUAUAACACUCUUGAAGGGGCACUGAUAGAAUUCAUUCGAAAUGAAGGACAAGCUUCACUGCAUCAGAUAAUGGAGCAUAUCGAAGGCAAAAAGAAAAGGCUGAGAACAAUAUCUUCAAGAAAAUACAAGAAAGAGAGCGUUGAAGAAUUAGUGUUCCCAGCUCUGUUUGGUAAGAAAAAACUAUUUAAUCAAAUUUCAGCAGGAGUUUGAACAGUCAAUGUAAUACAAAUUUAGACCAAUUUUGCACUAGAAUAUGAACAAAAAGUUGUUAAAGAAAUAGAAAGAAUAAAAGAGAAAAAUAAUCAAGAAAGUUAUGAGAGGUAUAUGCAACGCAAAAUAACACUAAAAGAGGAAGAAAAAUUGAAAAUUUUUGAAAAAAGUAUUGAUACUGAUAUUUAUGCUUUGGAUACCACAAUAGAUUGCUAUUAGUAAUCCAUUUUAUCCAAAAUGAAAAUUCAGAGACUUUUUAGUGCUUAUAAAGUAGAUUCGCAAUUUUACAAAAAGAGAUUUUUCAUUUUAAAAUUAAUGCCAUUUUGAAAAGUAAAUUGAGAUGUAGAUGGCAAUUCAUUGAACUCAAGAGGUAUAUAACAAGCUUGAUCAAUUGGUGGAUAUUUUGGAGUCCUCGAAUGAAGAAAUGCAAAGGCAAUUUCAAGCAUUUAUGGAGCUUAAUCAACUCUGAAAAUAG